CUCGUGAUUUGUUUUGUGCAGCCAGAAAAAGUAUGGCGACGUGGGAAGGUGAAAAAUUUCAGGAGAUCGAGAAUGCCGACGAUAUUGAGGGAAAUUUUGAUAACAUUCUCGUGUCACACGAUCUUCAGGAUUGCCUCGAUGACUGUAUUAGCUUAGACUUAACAAAUUUUGGGAUAGCUUACGAGCAAAGUGCCGUGUUCGAUUAUGACAAGUAUUCCGACGGCGAUACCCCUAUCGACGAAAGGCUAUCUAAUGACAACACUACGAGGUCCAUACAUCAUACAAUCAGUCCUCAUGAGAUUUAUAUGCGAAUUCAUUCUGAUCAAGAUGAUAUGUUAUCAAAUAAGUCAUUGCAUGCAACUAUCAAAAUUGAAAGCACAGUUCCAGACACCAGUCAAAAACAUAUCGGUCGUUAUACCUGUGAAUACGAGGGUUGCAACAGAACAUACAGCACAGUUGGAAAUUUAAGAACCCAUAUGAAAACUCAUAAAGGCGAGUAUCGAUUUAAAUGUGCAGAACCGAGUUGUGGCAAGGCCUUUCUCACGUCGUACAGCCUAAAGAUUCACAUUAGGGUACACACAAAAGUAAAACCGUUCGAAUGCAAUCACAAAGGCUGCGAGAAAGCAUUCAAUACCCUUUACAGACUGAGAGCUCACCAAAGACUUCACAGUGGCAACACAUUCAACUGCGAAGAGACAGGAUGCGUUAAAUUCUUCACUACUUUAAGCGAUCUCAAGAAACAUAUUCGUACUCAUACUCAAGAAAGACCUUACAAGUGUCGAGAAAAAGGGUGUGGUAAAGCUUUUACAGCAUCGCAUCAUUUAAAAACGCAUAAAAGAACGCAUACGGGGGAACGACCUUACGUGUGUACUUACGAAAACUGUAAACGAUCUUUCACUACACCUCACAGUCUGAAGAGUCACUUAAAAACUCACAAGAGAAUGACUAAUAAUGAUGAAACCAAACAAGAAGGAAAUCAAGACGAUAGUGGAAACCAAAGAAAUAGUGAUUUAUUAAAGACGGAAAUCGAUAUCGUUGAUUUAACUCCUAAAAACACAAAUGUGCCAUCUUAUGCUAUUAUACCAUUACCUAGUAAUACGGAAAAUAAUGAAAGUAUAGCUUACUUAUCUACGGAAAGUGUAAAUGAUCGAUCAUCUCCUGCAAACAAUAUGUUGGAUAUCUUAAGUCAUAAUAGACUUAAUAAAGAGCUUGAUUACGAUAUUAAUAAUAAAAGUAUAGAGAAUUCGAAUAAAACUGCAGAAGUCACGCUUCUUUCAUCGGAAAAUAUUAUUUUAAAUAAUUUUAACGAACACUCAAUCGAUAAUUUUAAUAAUAAUGAAAAUUACGACAAAUUUAAAAUAUUCAGCGAAGUAAACGAUUCAAAUUUACAGCAAGAUCAGAAUCAACAAUACACGUCUGACUCCUCGACGGAAACUCAGGAUAGUAAGGCAAAUAAUUUAAUAAAAACUAAUUCGAUAAACUUGGAGCAAAAGAUUAUACAGGAUGGCUUACAAAACACGAUUGCUCACAUAUCGGAAGGAACAGAUUUCACGAGCGACGUGCAGCAGUAUGAGAAUCAGGCAUCCAUGGCUGAAAAAGCAUAUAAUAAUGAAUCGAACGUAGGUGCAGCCGUUGACAAUGCUAAUACAGCACUGUAUAACGCGAAUUCUAUUACUAGUCAUGUAUCGAACAUAAUUAGUUCCUCGAACGAGACUCAGCUUUUCGAUAGUGAAAUAGAAAAUCUAUCAUUUAUCAAUGGUACCUUACGAACUGGAUCUCUUAACGAAGUCGAACAGUCGCUCAAUUCUAGUGUCGCAACCACGCAAUCGGAAGCUAUUGAACUAGCUAUAGCGUCUGAAGAGGAAAUACCUUCACCUUGGAUAGACGUCACGGCACUGGCGACUCCAUCUGCUUUAAGGAGACAGUCUUGGUCAGAAUUAAAUGCUUUUCCGACGGCGGUUCAUUCGCUAGUUGACCUAGUUGAACCAGAGCCUUAUCCACUGGAACUAGAAAACCAAUUAGAAUCGUUGCAACAUUUGGACAACGUUAAUUUGGUAGACGUAGAAAGUAUUACCACAAGUACAGAAACUACGCAUUGCCAAGAGAAUAUCAAUGACAGGCAAAGAGAAGAUAGCGUAAAGAUGAAAAAGAGCAGAAACGUUUUGCAAGAGAUUACAGCCGAAGCUGACAUAUGCAGAUGUAUCGAUUGCAAAUGCGACCACGUGAAAAAUUGUCAAAAUUGCACGAAUAGUCCAGUAACGGAAGCUAAUAAGAAGGAUGUGCUACCGAAAGUAGUAAACGAUUUCGUGUCUUCUUUGCAAACCGAAUGUCUUUGUGACAGCGAGCCUGGUGGCUCUGGCUCCUGUUGCGUCGUCAUUUGUUUGAAAACGUUACAGCAAUUACAAAAAGUAUUCAGCCGUAAUUGUUGUAAGAGUACUAGCGAUGUAACGUGUUGUAGAGAAAAAUUGAUCCCGUCGUUGAUGAAAUGUCAUUUAACGAGAAACCAAUGAAACAAAUGUUUUAUUAUACAACUAGUCAUGCCAGGAGAAACAUAUUUUUGCAUAAAUCAUUAGUAAGGAUUUGUUAUUUAUAGUGAUCUAUAGAUUAGCUUGCUUAGCUUUAAACGCGAUUUUUCACGUAAAUGUUAACUUUAAAAGAUGUUACCUAGGACAAAUUGAGAGUAUGGGACUGUAUGUACAUACCUGUACUAUAUAUUUCAAGCAGAGUUGGGCAUUAGUCGACUAAUUAUUCUCAACUACGCACAGCUAAUCGUAAUUGUCGAUCGUUACUUUAACUGAAAUUUGCCCAACACUGAUUUCAAGAGACUUUAUCGUGUAGAUGCAAUAUAUAGAGUUUAUGAUACAUUUUAUUGCGUGCCAACAUAUUUGUAGAUUUUUUACUUAAAACCUUUUAUGUAUACAAUAUCGCUGUUGCAUAGUUUAUAGAAAGGAAAGGCUCUAUUGCUUUAACAUAUUGAACAGAAAUAAAAUAUUGAUAUUUGAGAGAAAUUUUAUAAUAUACAAAGGUUCACAAAACGUGUGACGUUUGUAUCGUGUUAUAUCAAAUUUGAAACUUAAAUGUUAAAUGGAUUGGUAUAUUAUAUUUUUUAUGUACAAAUAUCAUGUUCGUACAUAACGAUGGUUGUAAAAGAUUUAAAAUCAUAGUUUUAUGAACGAAUGAUAUUCAUUAAUUUACGUAGUAUUUAUUUAAAAAGAGACCAUCGAUUAUGUGUAGUAUACUAAAUACAUUAGUUAGUAGCUAAAAUAAAAUAUUUAUUGUUUAAUAAUUGUUUCCUAAUGCAAAAUAAUUUCCAAAUAAUUAUAAAAGUAAAUCAGAAUAAUAUAACGAAACAAGUUUUAUAAUUUUAGCGUGAAAUUUUGUAUGGCUGUUAUAAGUACU